AGUACAUUUAGGAUACUUCACCGCUCAUAAAAGCACAUUUUCUAUACAGAAAUAAAUAAAUAAUAUGAAAUAUACUGGUAUGAAAUUGAAAUUGUUUGAUAAGUAUUAUUAUAUCUAAUUAUUUAUAAUUAUAAUGGACAAUAUAUCUAUGUAACAUUGAUAAAUAUGAGUGCUAAGCCAUUGAGAAAUAGUAAAGGUGUAAAUAAACCCUUUCGAUCUCCAUUUAGUACCCCUCAAAAUAAUAAUAAAAAAGAUAACAUAAGUGCACCAGAAACAAGUACAUGUAGAACACCAUUAAAAGUAUCUGUAGCAAAAAGACUGCUUUUUCAACAAUCUCCUUCUCCCAAAAAAUUAUAUUUAGACACAGAAAAUUGUAACAAGGAGAUUGACGUUGAAGUAAAAGAAAAAUUAUAUCAAACUGAUUUAGAAUCAUUGAGGAAGAGCAUACAGGAAAAGGAAGAAAUUAUUAAAAUUUUGAAAACUGAGUUGUCAUAUAAAAAAAAGAACAAAGCAGAAAAUUUAGAAGAUGCUAUAAAAAAGUGGACAGAAUGUUGUCAAAGUGCUCUUAUAGACCAUCAAAAAAAUUUACAAGGAGAAGGCGGUCAAAUAGUAAAAAUGUCUGAAAUUUUGUCUUCAUUUAACAUUAAUCCUGAUAUAGUUCAUUUCUCUAUUAAUGAUGAUACAUUUUAUUAAUUAAAUAUUAAAAAAGAAAUAUCUUAUAAUAAUUUGUAUUGUAACUAUUUUAUUGUUAUAUUUUUAUAAUACAUAUGUACAUAUCUUAAAUAAAAAUGGAUCAGUUGAAAUGUGAA